GUGGAACCGCAAUCGUUGAAAACGCUUGUGAAUGUUGGUCGACCAGCUCAUCAAAUUAUAUUCGAUCCUGAUAGAGUUCACUAUGUCGUAGUUGACUAUGAUCCACAAACAAGAAUUGUUGUACUGUAUGACUCCCUUGUUGAAAAAGAUUCAAACGUUACUAACCUGUUGACGGAACCAAUUCGAAAACAAGUUUAUUCGCUUUUUUCACAUUUGUUUCAAGACAAAACAAUACACAUGGCUAUCUCUCGCAGCUAUGAUCGGCAGACUGAUACGUGGUCUUGUGGGUACCGUUCACUUGCAUGCAUGGUGGAUUUAGCUAGACAACGCAAUCCUUGCCAUACCGAGUAUUGCAUGAAGAGCAUUUUUGCCUUUUUUCAAAAGGUCAUCAGCGAAUCCAAAGUGGAAUGGGUAGAGUUCGAAACCGCGUAUUUUGGG